GUUCGUUGUACGUUGUUGGCGUUUGCGUCCAUAAAAUAAUAUUUUGUUUAUUUUAAAUUUUGAUGCCAUUUGGUAAUGUUAAAUGUGUGAUUUGAUAAUAAAGAUCUGUGUUUAUUUUGAUUAUGUGUCGUGUAUUUAAAUUGGUGAGCUCGUAUUGAGAAAAAAUAACAGAUGUCCAGUGGUCGGCUAGUGGUGUUGGACCGGUCCGGGCGCGCGGGCAAGGCCUUCCCGCUGCCCGAUGGCGCGUGCUCGCUGGGCCGCGGGCCCGCCUGUGACAUCCGCGUGCUGUUGCCGGCCGUGCGCGACCAUCAUGCCACCGUCGCUGUGCACGCGCACCAGACGGUAGUCCGCAACGUGUCAGACGGCGAGACGUUGGUGAACGGGCGUGCAGUGAGCGUGGCGGCGCUGCGGCACAAUGACGUUAUCACCAUCGGAGACCGCUCGCUGCGCUGGGAGUAUGAUGACCCCAACGUGAAGAGACUGCUUGAGCCGCAACCGGCGCUGCACCGCGCGGCGCGCGCCUCGCGGGCCCCGCGGCGGCACACGGCGGCGGGCGCCGGCUCGAGCCUGCACCUCACGCUCGACAUGCACCGCGCCUCCAUGCCCGGUAAUGCCGGUGGAAAACAAGUUGCUAUUGUACAGCCUCAAAGAAGAGACACCAGUGAACAAACCGAUUCAAAUGCAAGACAAGAGCCCAACUCGCCUCGCUCGCCGAACCAACGCGGGCGAGGUUCCAGAGUCGAUAUUCAGGAGAACGUUUCCGAGAGUGAGAUAGACAGGACACGGUCGCCGCGGUUCAGUCCCAAGAGCCUAUCGUUGCAGAACACUACGAAGGCGACGUUGUGGAUCGAGUCCCGCAAGAGCAGCCCGCGCGUGAAGGCCACGCCCCCCCCGCCGCCGCCGCGCCGCGCCGCCUCGGCCAAGAAGGCCACGCCGCUGCGCAUGGCCGUGCUGAGAAAAGCACAGAGCGCGCAUAAAAUGAAGGUCACCAAGAUUCAGGCGCCGUUGAAAAUUGACCACAUGAAGCAAGCAGCACUGAUGCUGAUGACGGGUCACACUCCCAAGGCCAAGCUGCUGGCGAGCACGCCAGGCAGCAAGGGUUCCCCGGCCACGCCGCGCCUCGUGCUCAAGAAGAAGAGCCCCGUCCCCGCCCGCGCCACGCCGCGGCGCUCCACCGCGCGGAACAGCGGGCGCGGCUCGGCGGGGAAAUCUGUAUCAGUUUUAGAGAUAACCGACUCCGACGGGCGUGACUCUACGGCCACCACUCAGAGCAAUACGUCGCGACGGUCCAAAGUGAGCCCAUUAGGCUCGCCUCUAUUGCCGAGUCCCAAAAAAUCUGCCCUCAAAGACCCCAGUGCGAAGAAAACUGGGCGGAAAACGGAAUCCAUCAAGUUUGAUUUGAGUAACCUCGAAAAUUAUAGCCACAAUGACUCGAAUAUCCUGAUGGUGACGGACACGAUCCGGAGUUCCCGCGGUGCCGAGAGUGUGUCGUCUCGAGAGGCCGACAGCGAAGACGAUCUGACGCUGCAUUACUCGGAGUCAUCCAGUAUUCAGUCUCCGUCUCCUAGAAGGUCCAUACAUUCGUCUCGAAGCAGCAAGAUGUUAGCGACUGUCGGUUCACCGUUGAAGGAGUCUCGGGAGUCCGAGCGCCGGUCGUUGACUCCCGAAUCCCCGCGAGCGAGGAAGUCCCUGCGAGGAAGCAUCAUACUUCAGAAAGCCUUGGACACCACAGGAGAUAACUCUAGAUAUUCACGCCGAACCACCAAAACGCUUACAGAUCAAAGUUGGGACUCCACAGUCGAGUCUGCGUUUAGAACGCGCACUUUGAGCCCCCGGUCGCCUGCUCGGAAUUUGGAAUCUUACUCUGUGGUCGAUUUAGUGUCAGUUGAUUCCAAUGAGUCUAAAUCCUCGUCUGUGUACGACUCAGUCGGGUCGACGCGCAGCAGCUCUAUAUUGUUCGGCACUCCUCAGAACAGCACCGGCCGGAAGACGCGUUCGACCAUCGACGCUAAAUUGCUCAGUUCGAGCACUCCCUACACUGGUAGAGGUAGAAUUUCUACGAGAUCCAACUCCAGUCCUAAUAUUUCAACUCGCAAGUCUUCGCCGAAUAUAUCUGCUAGAAGCACUACAACGUCUCGCAGGUCUAAAUCUCUGACGACUCCCGAAAACUCGGAGGAAACUCAGAAACACAUUUCCUUAAACAGCACUAGAAUAUCUCGCGCAAACAAAAGUAGGUCUCGACUGAACGACAGCGAUCUGCAGUUUAUAGAUUUGGGUGGUGACAGUGAAGAAUCUCCGAGGACUUCCAGACGGGGGACGACCUCUAUCAAGUCUCAAUUACAGCAAAAUCCAGAUCCAAAAUCACCAAGUCCUCGAAAUACAAUAAGUUCAAGAUCACCGAGUCCUCGAAAAACUAGAAGUCCGAAAUCAGCAAGUUCUAGGAAAACUAUAAGUCCAGGAUCUCAAAGACCUCGAAAAACUAUAAGUCCAAAAUCACCAAGUCCUCAUAAACUAAUAAGUCCAAAAUCAACAAGUUCUAACAAAACUUCAAGUCCAAAAAGAUCAAGUGGCAGAAACACUUCAACCCCAAAAUCAUCUCCGCAAAUAAGGCUCGGCUCUAAAGUUGCCAGUCCGCAAAGUAAACGUAGCUCUCGAGCAAAACUCACACUGAACGUGAAUCAGUCUAGUGGCACUGAUAGCGAAGGAAUUGUAACUCCGGAGAAUAGAACCAGUCCCCCGGAGGCGGGCACUCCUGUGUUGAGCAUCCAAUCCUUGUUAGACUCCAGCCAAAGUUCUUUUACAUCCCAACUGUCGACAAAGAAGACGCGAGGGUCAGUUAAUAUUAAGAGGAAGACCAUUGGCGCUAUACGUUCUGUACGCAAACAAACUGGUAGUGGAAUUAAAUCAAAAUCGUUCACCACUUCCGUUAGGAAGUCAUUGCGGUCGCUCAGACUCAGCAGGGACUCUGACAAGAACGCUAACAGUGCUCAAACUGAUGAGGAAACGGUUACGCCCAAGAGCGCAGUAAAGCUGGUGCAAGAGGCUGUUAAAAAUAAACAUUCGACCGCCAAGAAGCCGCAGUCGAAACGUUCCAUUAUCGACAACCUUAACGAUUCGGACAUCGUCAAACAGUUGUUCAACAGCCCCGUGAAGAGGAAGUUAUCACAAAGUAUGACUGAAUUUUCUCGAAAGAAGUUGUUUGAUGAUGAUGAAGUGGUUGUGAGGAGGCCGACGCGCAAUACCGUCGCGUUGUCUGGUCGGACGCCCGACAACUCGUUGCUGGACCACAGUGAACGCUUCACGCCGGAACACUUCGUCAGCCCGCUGAGCACUCCCAGUAACAGCCCUAAUCUGUCCGGUAUUAAACGUUUGUACAAGAAAAAUACGCCGGACAAUGAUUUACGUAAUGUAAAAGGAGUUAAGAAACUGUUGCGUACACCACGCAUUAGAAAAUCCGUGCGGAAUGAUCUGACUAAUGUAUCAGGUAUAAAAGCGGUAUUCGCUAAGUCACCCAGGAAUCGACUGAGCGACGUCAGAGUGAAGGAAGUGUUCGCUGCAUCUCCAAACAACGAUUUAAGACGAGUCACGGGAGUGAAGAGCCUGUUCCAGCUGAAAAAACAAAACAGUCCCAAGAACGACCUCACCGACGUCAGAGGAGUACGCAAUUUAUUCAAGAGGAAGAGUGCUGCUAACGACUUGAGAAACGUUUCUGGCGUCAAAAAGAUGUUGCGUAUUAGAUCACCUAAAAACGACUUGACUGACGUAAGAGGAGUCAAACGAAUAUUUAGACAAGAGAAGAAACGAGACGACUAUCAUAACGUGAGCGGCAUUGAGGAGUUGUUCAACGAAUCAAAUGCGUCUCACAGAGACCCGGAAGCUUUAUUCGAUCAACUCGUCGGGAAGCCGCCUAUCAAGGCGGUGUAUUCUAAAUCUUUCUUGAACAAAAGCUCUAAAAAAAAAUCUAAAGGUCGUCCGGCAAAGUCGUUACAUACAUCUAUUGACCUGAUUACAAACAAUGUGGAAGAAUGGUUGGAACAGGAGUUGCAAAAGCAUUUACACAAGAACAAGCAACUGGAAGCGGCUGGCAAGGGCAACGUCAAUCGGGAGCUACAGAAACUGAUGACGGAGACGGUGGAGGGCACGGAGCCGCUGCGCACGUCGCGAGUGCGCUCCAGCACCGUAUUACAAAGCGGCACAGAAGCUGCAGAGAGGAAAUCUGCCUCACAAGUAUACAGCGCUCACACGCUGCCUAUUAAAAAGAGGUCUUUCGUAGAAGCCUCGCUGGAAAAGAGCAACAACGGGUCGCGGGUCAACAAGUCGAAUAACUUGCCGAUUAAGAAACGCGCGGUGAUCCACUCGACGCCGGUGAAGGGCCGGUACAACAUGACCAUGAAUGCUUCGGAGCUGGGACGCGUGUCGCCCAUAGUCUUCGAUAAAACUCAAACUGUAGAUUCUGAUGAUGGAAAUAGGUCUAAAAAGCAAAUUAAGUCUCCAAUACAGAAAGGGAAGAGAGCAACAAGAACGACUAUUGUCCAAGUGGCGAAAACUGUAAAUGAUAAGAGUUUGCAGAAGUCACCGGCAGCUAAGGAUAGAAGGAACACAAAGGCGAAACCAACUGCCGACAGUCAAAAAGUGGCAAAUAUAACGCAAUCACCCAAACGAGUCAGAGCCACUCGCAGCAAAAAUGACGACAACCGCGAAGUGCCUGCUAAGGCUACUAGAGCCACAAAAUCUACUAAAAAUAUUGACAAACCUGUAAAUGUGUCUAAAUCUCCACCAAAACCGUCGGGCAGGAAAACCAAAGUUAGUGCAAUUACGGAAAAGGAGACUUCAGUUUCUAAACCAGUAUCACCCAAAGCAACCCGUAGAAGUAAAUCUAGUGCUGUCGUUGAAAGUGCGGCGCCAAGUAAAAUAGCGACUAAGUCACGUCGCACCAGACAGAACACGGAGAAACAGGAGGUCACGCUCGUUAGCAAGAAUUCGCCCAAAGGAAAGGCUACGAGGGGAACUACGGCUAAGUUGGUCGCGGAGACUAAACAACCGUCGGUGAAACCCAACCCGUCGCCGAAGCGCGCUGAUUCGCAAUCUUCAUCGAAAUCCAAACGCAACUUGAGAAACAGAACCGAUAGUAUAGAAAUGACUAACACCAUGAAGAACAGUAAAUCUCUUGUCAUCACCAAGAAACCGCCAGUGAUGAGUCCACAGCCAACCGCAAAGACAACUCGUAACAGAAGUCAAAAGACAUCGACUUUAGCAGAUAGUCCAAAGAAAACUGUUGCAACUCGAAGGAAGGCUGAUGCGGCGAAAGACAAACCAGCUACACCGAAAACAAGGCGCGCUAAACUAGUGGUUACCAAACCGACACCUAAAUUGAAGCCCCUGAGAGCAAAGACUGCAUCGCGCAGCGGAACUGAUUCAGAUAAAAGUAAAAAAGAAUCUCCAAAGAAAUCUGCUAAGACCACUCGUAAACAAGUUGUCGUAAAGUCUUCGCCGCUCAAAGGAAGUCGGAAAGCGACUAACAAGUCUGCGGAACCUACACCUGUUCAAGCUGUUAAGAGAGGCAGAAGAGCCGAUAAACUGGAGGCAGUGGAGCCUCCAGCAAAGAGAGGCCGAAACGAUAAAAUUAGUAAAUCACAAAAACAAGAGUCACCUAAGAAAGGGCGCAGUACAAGCGCAUCGCAAGCGGCCACCCAAGCUCCGACGAGGGUCAACCGCAGGACUAAAGCGGAGACCAUCGUGCCGCUAGACCAACCGAAAAGUCGCAAACGGAAGUCUGACGAGCAGCUAUCGACAGUACCCGCUAAAGUAGCAAAAGUUGAAAAAGCAAAAACCAUAAGAGGCAGAAAAGCUGCUGUGGAGACGCCUGAAGCAACCAAAGGUAAACAAAAGAAACCGGUCAAAGACAGCAAGAUUGACACGAGUAAAGGGAAGAAAAAUGAAAGUAAGGGAAAAAAGAAUGAUAAAAAAAAUGUAUCUAAGACAAAUGCUAAGAAACAGGACGUCAAGGAAGUUAGUAGAAGUAAGCGACAAGUGAAGGGUGACGCCGAGAGCAAGACUGCGACGAUACAGAAACCCACCAAAACAAAGGAACCAGUCAAGAAGGCUCAAAGCGAGCCUGACAAGAAACCAGUGGGAAAGAAAACUACCAAGGGGCAAAAGGCGGCUGACAGCGCCCCAGCGACCGCUGGCAAAACCAAAAAGACUGCCAAAGCCUCCACUUCCCCAGCCAAAGCGGUGAGGAGCACGCGCAGCCGGCGGAGGUAACGCCCCGCGCCGCUCACACUACACGAUAUCAUUAUACAGGUGCAUCGCUAAGACGCAGUUCGUACAAUUUUCAAAGAGUUUUGAGAUAUUCAUAAUAUAAUUAUGUUUAAUGAUAAUUUUGUCGCUUAGCUUUCGCUUGUUCCUACGAUUGGGACUGAGUAGUUUAGUUGUAGUUUUAUUUAGUUUAUUGUAUUUGCAAACAUGGCGAUGUUUGAUCCGAGGUGCCGACUCGGGGCGCACGCUACUAGGAUGUAGAAAGAACAGUGGGUUAUGUUCAGACGCGAGACCGAACGUUCAACAUAGGCUCUUCAUUUGGUCGAACCAUAAAAUCAUUCGACAACUUGAUCUCUUCCCUGAAGAUAACCUACUAAAGUCUUUAUUAUGAUAGGACAAUGCCUCUGCAGUCUACAUGAAGUGCUUAUAUUGAGGACUUCGUCGCGACAUUGCUGUGCAAAUGUCUCCUUUACCACUUAAUAUAAUUUACUUUACAUUAGCUUGCAUGACAGCACAGUACAAUCAUGUAUGUAGUUAUUUAAAUCUAUAUUUUAUGUCUCGACGGGAUAUUUUCUUAGCAAUUUCUGUUUUAAUAUGACAGACUUUAGAUCCAUAAAAAGACAUUCGAUGUAGAAUCCUGCCAGUUGUAUUUCAAAUUCUUAUUAUUUUGAGUUCACAAUGUUUAUUGGCUUCGUAGUAUGUGAUAGACUAUGUACUCUGAUAGAAUAAACAAAACACGUCAUCGUUCUAAUAAUGCCAUGAAGUGCCUAGUGAAUGAUUCACUUGCUCGAAGCACAAACAUUUGGUAUAGGUCAACGCUCAACAAUGUAAUGUUUUAAAGUUUAUAUUCUUUAUUAAAUUCAAGGUGACGUUUUGCGGUUUAGGCGCUCGCUAAUUUUAAUAUAAAUAGAUUGUUGUCUUUAUAAAAGUGUACAAGAAUUGCUGUGAUACGAGUAGAAACCAAAAUAACAUAAUAUUACUUACAUAUAUUUUGAUAAACUAAACAAUUUUUGAAAUUGAUAAAGAGCGCACAAUUUGAAAUUAGCGAGUGAAAAUGAUAUAUCACUCAACAUAAUGUGACAAUUUAGAUUAUUGUAGUUUAGAUAUGAACAUGGAUGCAAUUUUAAAUAAAACGGAAUUGAUAUUUUAACAGAAUAUUGUUCAUUGAAGUUUUUAAUAAAUAGUUAGACAUCAAA